AUGGAUUUCAAAGUUUCAUACGAGCGAUUCAUUCAAAAUGUGAAGUACCAGUUAAUAAGAAUCGAGAAGAACAUUGAGAAGGAAGUUUCCGAGUGGGAAAUUAAACUUGCCCCAUCAGAUCGAGUUAGCGUCAAAGCGAACGUGCUCGAUAGCAAGGGUACAACGUUUAAGGAUCACGAAUGUAAACUGGAAUCUAAAAUCGUCGAAUUUGAACAAAGAGUUGUAAAGCUUGAAAAGGAGAAGGAUCGCAUGAAAUUAGACAUACUGAAUCUCAAGCAAGAAAAAAGCGUAUUAUCGAAUAAGCUGAAUCAUUUUCAAGAGCUAAAACUAUUCGAACAUAGAUUAAAUAAAAUUCUAGAACGAAAAAUUCGUAAUAAGACUGAUUUAAAGGCACAAGUUUCUAAUAAUUUACAAGAGAUUGGUCGAUUGGAGAAACAGCUCAAAAAUGAGAAAAAUUUCCACUCAGCUAUCGAGAAGGAGAAAAAAUCGCUGGAGAGAAAAAUCGAAGAGCUACAGAGACAAACCACCGAGUCGAAUAAAGCAAAUCCCCAAAACUUAAAGCCUCUUAAAGCCAAAAAGAUGAUGAAGAAGAAGAAAGCAAACCAGGAAAAUAUUUAUAAGUGUAAAUCCAGGCUGAAAGAGAGUAAAACGAAACUAAAAUAUGCAGACCGUGAAAAUUCCCAAUUGGCUGAAAAAAACUUUUUGUUGGUAGUCGAGGAUGCCCUCAAGCAAGAGAAAAAGAAAACCCAGGAAGUAAUCACGCUACUGGAAAAAUGGAAGGAAAAAUUUCACGAACUGGAAGAAAAAAUUCAAACGACAGUGCAAAACCAGGCUGCAUAUGAAUUUCCAAUGAAAGAAAUCGAUGAGGAGGAAGAACUACGCGAGAUCCACAACAGACUGCAGUCAACAAGGAUGAGAACAUCGCAACAACAACAAAAUAAUUACAAUAGAAGCACACAAGCCAACAACUACAACUACAAUCGUAAUAACAAAAACAACAGAAGAGGAAAUAAUAACGAUUAUAGAGAACAACGCAACAAUUAUCGAGGAAAUAACAAUAACUACAGAGGGAAUAAGAGCAAUUAUCGAAGAAAUAAUAUCAAUUUUGGAAAAAAUUACAACAAUUAUCAAGGAACUCGAAACUUCGAUAACAAUAACGGCUAUAAUAAUAACAACAAUUCCAAUCCCAACGAAAACUAUAGGGAAAAUAAUAGAAACGGGGGUUAUUACAAAAAUAACAACAAUAAUUACAGGCGACAUAAGGAUAACCAGAAUAGCUAA